UCCCUCCCCGUCGUCAUCCUCUUCCUCCCCUCGCCGUGCUCUAGGUGGGUGGGCGAGUGAGUGAGGCAGCGAGCGGCGAGCUAGCUUCUCCGGUGAUCCUCCGCCGGCUCUAGGUGGGUGGGCGGGGGAAAGGGUGAUCUGAGAGCACAGGCGAACCGAUGGCGGCGGCGGCGGCGGCGAACGGGUCGGCGUGCUGCGGCGGCGCGAAGAAGGGGCCGGGGUACGCGACGCCGCUGGAGGCCAUGGAGAAGGGCCCGCGGGAGAAGCUCCUCUACGUCACCUGCGUCUACAAUGGUACUGGAAUCAAUAAGCCCGAUUACCUGGGUACGGUGGAUGUGGACCCCAAUUCCCCUACAUACUCCCAGGUGAUCCACAGGCUUCCGGUUACCCAUGUUGGCGACGAGCUGCAUCACUCUGGAUGGAACGCUUGCAGCUCUUGCCAUGGUGACCCAUCAGCUAGCCGUCGUUUCUUGAUCCUGCCUUCACUGCUGUCAGGCCGUGUGUAUGUCAUUGACACACUGAAGGACCCAAGGGCGCCUGCCUUGCAUAAGGUGGUCGAGGCUGAGGACAUUGCUGAGAAGACUGGGCUUGGAUUUCCUCAUACAUCUCAUUGCCUUGCAUCUGGGGAAAUAAUGAUUUCUUGCCUGGGGGAUAAGGAGGGAAAUGCUGCUGGCAAUGGCUUCCUCCUUCUGGAUUCUGAAUUCAAUGUCAAAGGACGUUGGGAAAAGCCAGGUCACAGCCCCUUGUUUGGCUAUGAUUAUUGGUAUCAACCUCGUCACAAGACAAUGAUCAGUUCAUCGUGGGGAGCACCUGCAGCUUUCAGGACUGGUUUUGAUCUUCAGCAUGUGCAGGAUGGUCUAUAUGGAAGGCAUCUGCAUGUGUAUGACUGGCCUGGUGGUGAGCUCAGGCAGACACUAGAUCUUGGCAGUACAGGUCUUCUUCCACUUGAGGUGAGGUUUCUACAUGAUCCAUCUAAGGACACUGGGUAUGUGGGUUGUGCUUUGACAAGCAACAUGGUCAGAUUUUUCAAAACUGUGGAUGGAUCAUGGAGCCAUGAGGUUGCUAUAUCUAUAAAACCAUUGAAGGUGCGGAACUGGAUUCUGCCUGAAAUGCCAGGAUUGAUAACUGAUUUCGUUCUCUCUCUCGAUGACCGCUAUCUCUACUUGGUCAAUUGGCUUCAUGGUGACAUCAGGCAGUACAACAUUGAAGACCCUGCAAAGCCUGUGUUGGCUGGACAAGUAUGGGUAGGUGGGCUUCUUCAAAAGGGCAGUGAGGUCGUCUAUGUAACUGAUGAUGACAACGAAGAGCAGUACAAUGUGCCCCAGGUCAAGGGCCAUCGUCUUAGAGGUGGGCCGCAGAUGAUUCAGCUGAGUUUAGAUGGGAAGAGGGUGUAUGUGACCAACUCCCUUUUCAGCAAAUGGGAUGAACAAUUCUACGGCCCUGAUCUUGUCAAGAAGGGCUCCCACAUGUUGCAAAUCGACGUCGACACUGAGAAAGGAGGACUUUCGAUCAACCCCGACUUCUUUGUAGAUUUUGGUGAUGAGCCAGAUGGUCCCUCCUUGGCCCAUGAGAUGAGAUAUCCUGGUGGGGACUGCACCUCUGAUAUAUGGAUAUAAGACCUCAGAGGAUUUGCAUACAAGCAGGUGUUGAUUCAUCUUGCUCUGUUCACUGUAACUAAGAUGGUUUCCCUGCUGUGGUUUAUAUGUAAUUUCGAUGGUAAUAAGUUCCCAUAGCACCCAGAACAUUCACUCCAUGACUCAUUUGAUGACCUUAGCAUAAUAAGAGAUGUCUCCAAUUGUUCACUUUCUGCUA